UUUUGCAACGGCUAAAUUAUUUUCUAAAAAAAUCAAAAUGUCACGGGUAUUGUGGGUUGUUCGCCAUGCAGAACGUGAAGACAACAUUAAUUCAAAUUGGAGAAAAACUGCAAAUCCUCACAAGCUUAAAUCGGAUAACAGUCCAUUGUCUUCUAGAGGACAUCAACAAGCAAAAGAAUUGGCUGCGAGAUUUGCAAAUGUUCAAAUCGACCAUAUUUUUGCCUCUCCAUUCGAACGGACAGUGGAGACUGCAACAGCUAUAGCUAGCGAAAUUAAAAUUCCAAUUAAAUUGGAGCCUGGAUUGUGUGAGGCUUUAUAUAUGUGUGAAGAACCUCCUAGUUUUGAAGAGCCAGAAGCAUUAAAAAGCCGAUUUAAUUUAAUUGACACUUCUUACAAACCAAUAUUCAAAAAGCCAAUGCCUAAAGAGGGAAUGGGGGAUAGUGCUUGUGUUGGUCGUCUUCAGAAAACAAUAGAAGGAAUAUGUGAGAAAUGCGAGGAUGCUAAAUCAAUUGUUCUUGUAUCCCACGCCUCUCCAAUUGGCGCUAUUCACGAAGUAUUGGUUAACGAAUGGACUUAUGUAGGGCAAGCAACUGUUACCAAGUUUGUUGAAACCGAGAAAGGGUCAAACCAGUUUUGUUUGGAAUAUUCAGCUAAUGCUGACCAUCUUUCUAAUAAAUCAAAUUUAAGGCCAUACUAA